GCGGGUAAGAUAGAAGCUGGUUGCCAGAGCUAAGGAACGCCGUAGGCAGUGGCAAGGCCUUGUGAGUUAGCUGAGCGCUGUGGAGGGGACCUCGCUUUCCGCAUAGUCAAUAGUCAAGGCUUUCAAGUAGACAUGGAUAAUAGAGGGGCUAUAGCAGAAGUUGAAAAUGGUGACACUUCCCUUGACUUGAACAGACUAACAUUAAAAUCUCAUCGUUACACAAAAGCAGAACUCUUGGAUAUUAAAGAGCAUCCCCACUCUAAACGGAGGCCUUCAUGUCUUUCUGAAAAACAUGACAGUGAUGGAGUUUGGGACCCUGAGAAAUGGCAUGCAUCUCUGUACUCAAGUUCAGGGCGAACUUCACCAGUGGAAGGGUUCAAAAGAGACUUGGAUUCAGACUGCACUUCUCUCGUGCGCAGGAUAGUUGAUCCUAGGGAGUGGGUGAAAGAUGAUGCUUUGGAUGUAGUCCUAAGUCCUCAAAGGCGGAGCUUUGGAGGAGGCUGCCACGUGACUGCAGCUGUAAGCUCACGUCGAGCAGGAAGCCCUUUGGAGAAGGAGAGUGAUGGUGUUCGUGUUACUGGUGGACGCAGGAUUGGCAGUGGGAGAAUAAUCUCUGCCCGUAAUUUUGAUAAAGACCAUCGGGGCAGUGAAAAGGGCAUGCAUGAUACUAGAGAUGUGCGGGACAGAGAUCGUGAGAGGGACUACAAAGACAAACGUUUCAAGAGGGAAUUUGGGGAUAGCAAACGUGUCUUUGGGGAACAUAGAAGGAAUGAUUCUUAUGCCGAGGAAGAGCCAGAGUGGUUCUCUGCUGGACCCACAAGUCAGUCUGAAACCAUUGAGCUCACUGGAUUUGAUGAUAAAAUACUAGAGGAAGAUCAUAAAGGACGAAAACGAACAAGACUGCGCACAGCCUCUCUGAAGGAAGAAUGCAGUGGUGAAGUGGCAGAAGAGGAUGAAGUGCAGUCUGUCCUUGCCCCUGAAACUGCAGCAGAUCGUGAAGUUCCCAGGGAAGCUGUUCUACAAGAACCACCACCACCAGGAGAGUUUGACUUCAAUGAGUUCUUUAACCUGGAUAAGAGUGUUCCUGGUUUGGCUUCGGUGAGUGACAUUUUAGGCCAGAUGAUAGAGGAUGUGCUCGGGGAAGGUUCAGUGUCGGCUAGCAGGUUCAGUAGGUGGUUCUCUAAUCCUAGUUCUGGAAGUCAUUCUAGCAGCCUGCGAUCCACACCACAUGAAGAACUGGAGAGGCUAGCAGGUCUAGAGCAAGCCAUUCUCUCCCCUGGCCAGAACUCUGGAAACUACUUUGCUCCUAUUCCAUUGGAAGACCACUCUGAAAACAAAGUGGACAUCCUCGAGAUGCUGCAGAAAGCCAAAGUGGACUUAAAACCGCUCCUCUCAAGUCUUUCAGCCAACAAGGAGAAGCUUAGAGAGAGCACACAUUCAGGAGUUGUACUUUCAGUGGAAGAAGUAGAAGCUGGGCUAAAAGGCCUGAAAAUGGACCAGGAAGAGAGAAUUACUAUUCCGUUUAUGGCAGAACAGAUGGAGGCACUGAAUGUAGCUGGCUCCAGACCACUCAAAGAUGGAGAUAUGUCUGCAUUUAAUAAACUAGUCAGCAGUAUGAAGGCAAGUGGAACUUUACCUUCACAACCCAAGCUCAAUGAGCUGCUUGGUCCACUCAUUGCCAGACCUACUUCAUCAAAUGUUCUUAGUGGCUUGAUAGGUGGCUUGGAACCUGCAUCAUCUUUGCUGAGCCAAAGAGCACCGUCCCCUUUGAUUUCACAGGUGUUUCCAACUCAGGCUGCUUCUGCAGACUACCUCCAUCAUAGGAUCCCCUCGCCAAUUGGUUUUGGACCAAGUUCUCAGCAAUUGCUCCAUGAUCCGUUUCAGGGGAUGCAGAAGUCAAUAGGCCCAGUUGCUGCACAGAUGAGUCCACUGGGGAUGCAGCAAGCGGCUUUAGAGGGAUUAGCUCUACCACAUGACUUAGCCAUCCGGGCAGCGAACUUCUACCAACCAGACUUUGUCAAACUACAAAUGGACAAAAGCAGAGGUGGCUUUAGGAACAGGCAGCAGCAAGUGACUAAGUCUCCUGCACCAGGCCACAGAGGGAAUGUAUCUUCUCCAGCUCCUGCUGCCUCCAUCACUAGCAUGCUCUCGCCUUCCUUUACUCCCACCUCAGUGAUUCGCAAGAUGUAUGAAAGCAAAGAAAAAAAUGAGGAGCCAGUGUAUGGGAAAGUGAAAUCCAGUGACAGUAAAGAUGAAGGUCAAAGGACAAAUGAAGAUAGCUUGGUGAAGACUGCAGAUCAAGAUACUUCACCUGCUGUAGGUACCAAACUAUCUGCAUUGCAACGCUCUGCAUGUUCUACACCACUUUCUCAGCCAAACCAUUGUACCAAAGAACAAGACUACAGACCUAAAUCAACUGGCAGAGACGCUCCUGCAACAGCCUCCCCUGUACCAGGGGCUCCCUUCCUCUGUCCUGUUCACCAGGUACCCCAUGUACCAGUUGUACGACCUGCUCAUCAACUGCAUCCAGGACUGGUCCAGUGGAUGCUGGCACAGGGAGUACAUCCACAACAUCUUCCACUGCUGCAAGCAGGAAUGGACUUGUCUCUCGUACAGGGGAUAUCUACUCCCAUCCUUGGCCAGCCUUUUUAUCCAACAGCCAGCCAUCACCUCUUAAACCCACGCUUGGGAACACCUCUGCAGCUGGCAAUGAUACAACAGCACCUACAGCGAUCAGUUCUCCACUCUCCAGCCUCUGGAGCACAGGGACCUGCUGUUGGUGUUCAGAAUGUGGCAUCUCGGACUGGGCUGCCUCAUGUAUCCUCACAGCUUGACCAUUGCACCAACCAGAGAAGUGAUUCACCUAUUGGCCUUGCAAAAUGGUUUGGCUCAGAUGUUUUGCAACAGACCCUUCCUUCCAUGCCAUCCAAAGUAAUCAGUGUAGAUGAACUGGAAUAUCGGCAGUGACUUCUAGGAGAGUGGGUAGCUCUUUGUUUAGAUUGGAACGAGUCCUGAUAGUAUGUUGUACUUCACCUGUUUGUUUUGGGGCUUUAAUAUUCUGUGCAGAACUUUUCAAGAGACUAAAGCACAUGGCACCUGUCCUGGUCUCCAUGGCUUCUUAUGGCUUGGAACCAUGAAGCCUGAAGACAUGUGGGUGCAAUACAAAGCCAAUUUAAUCCUGGAAAUCUCUAUUUUUGUGUUUGUAAAAUAUGUGAAUGAAGGGUUAUCCUUUUGUGUAGAGGGAGUAGCUAAGGGCUCCUCCUGCAGAAAAUAUACAAACAUUGUGUAUAUACCUUUUUUUGUACAGAUGUACAUAAGAUUAGCUGAUAAGUUGAGCUUUAGUUGUACCUAUGGUUUGGAUCUCUUCAUUGUUUAUGUGGGACUUCUGUUUAAUCUUAAAGUUGCAGAUGUGAAGUGUGAGAGUGAACAAGAUAAAGCUGAUUUACCUCUUGAUAUCUUUCACAUCUCCCUCUCCGAGCAUAUUUCUCCUUGUCUUAUGUAAUGUGUAGGUUCAGUGUAGCUGAACCUUGAAGUAAAAGCCUACAACUUG